AUGGUGGAUAAAAUUUGUAAGAACUGUCCACUUAUGGUAAAGGGUAAAUGUUUCUUGGCUGAUCUAAUGCUAUUGCCUUUUGACGAAUUCAAUGUGAUAUUGGGAAUGGAUUGGUUAACCCAACAUAAUGUAGUGGUUAAUUGUAAACAGAAGUAUAUUGUGUUGAAAUAUCAUGAUAAUACAAAGGUAACUGAGUCAAAGAUUCAAUCCGUGCCAGUUGUAUGUGAAUUCCCAAAUAUGUUUCCGGAGGAAUUACCAGGUUUACCACCUGUAAGAGAAGUAGAGUUCUUUAUAGAUUUAGUUCUGGGAACAACGCCAAUAUCGAUAGCACCUUAUCGAAUGGCUCCUGCUGAACUGAAAGAGCUGAAGGCACAGUUACAGGAACUAAUUGACAGAGGCUUUGCUCGGCCUAGUUUCUCACUAUGGGGUGCUCUGGUUAUUAUCAGCUUCGGGUGA